CGAAAAGCAGACGCCAAAGCGCAAGAAACAAGUCGGAGCCCCCUGGAGAGCUUCCGCUGUCCCUCGAGUCCCCGCAAUUGCCCGCAGCUCUCUGCAGGCUUUUCGUACACCUUCACUGCCAACCAAAGCUUUCAAAGCAUUGGCCCGCGAGAGAUCUCCAUUGCUCUCUCCGUUCCGGUGCUGCUUUUUCGCAUACAAGAGGUCGAGAGGAAUCUCAAUCGUCCGCCGUCAGCUGCAGUACGCCUGACCAUUGGCAACGACGUACAAGUUGCCUGAGCUUACUCUCAACGUACUAGAAGUCAUCUGCCAUGUCGACAAUCAUGGUGGAACAACCCCGCCAAUCAGGGAUGGCUACACCCGCUGGUUCCAGCUCUGCUGUCAAGUCGCAGACCUCGAGUGCGAAUGGGACGAAGGAGCCUGCAUCUAAUGCAUCUAAUGCAUCUCCCGAGCCCAUGGAUGUCGAUAUGGGCCAGCGAGAAGUGGAGAACACAUCAGCGAAUAGUACCAACGUGGUGAUCAAUGGGAAGCUGAAAGCUGGCGCGUCGUCCACAGCGGAUGCGACUACCAAACGCAAUCUGGAGAGUCCGUCCGAGACGUCGAGAAAACUCGUAGAGCAAGCCAAGCGCCGACUGCAGAUCCAAAUGCAGUUCGUCGAAAACGCAAGACGUAAGAUCUUGGAUGAGACACACCCGGACAUGACAGAGAGACUGCAAGCGCUGAUUGAGGAGCGCGACCGACUGCUGCAUUUGGCAAAGCAGCGGAGCGAUUAUUUCCAGCACGGCACAACCGUGAUCUUUGACUACGAGUGUGACGAGGCCAACUCGGAGUACGAACUUAACUGCGAGAAGCUACGUCAAGAUAUGCUGGAAGAAAUCCACCAUGAGAUGGAGAUCCUUCACGACCAGCGCAAAGGAGGCCACAGCUAUGCUCGAACUACGACUCGUAAGACGCGUAGUACUCGGAAUAAAACCGACUCGGACUCGGGUUUCGUUCUAGACACGGCGCAGAAGAUCAAGAAACGCGCUGGCGGGUACGUGUUCCAGCCGCUGGAGAACAAGCUGGGCCAGUCCGAGAUUGACCACGAUGUGCGGGAGCUCACGAGUGUGUAUGAGGCAACGAAGAAGCGACGUAUGGAGUUCGACACCGGUAUAUGUCUUGUAAUAUUUUCUCAUACCGUUAUGAUCACUGAUGAGGUGCUGAAUGCUAUGCAGAUCGUGAGGUCACCCCUGUGGCCAAAUAUUACCGGAAUAAGUUCUUGUACCGAGACUGGAUCUUUCAAGAGGGAGACGAGGUAUAUGUGCUCAACUACCCGGCAUCCAGUGAAUAUGCCGCUGUUAUCUGCGGUAUCACGCCCACGGAACUCCUCGUUCUGUCGGAGAAGGGCAAAUACUACCGCUUGGUCAUCAUGGACAUUCGGCAGGGUCGAGUGGUGCUCACCACGCUGUCAUCAGAGCAGGCUGCCUCCCGAGACGAUCUCGGCGACGCAAGUCCAUAGACACACCGCUCUAGUUGCCGGUGUCACGCUUGUUCUUGUCCCGCCUUGUCUUAAUUUUGCUUAUCCAACAAUUACUUGAAACAAACUUUUACAGUGCCA